AUGACCCCCAACAAGGCCAAUAUGAUGAAUGGCAUUCAGAAUGGCCGUCCUCACAUCACCCACAUUAUCUUUGAUUUUGACGGAAUCUUGGUGGACAGUGAAGACCGAUAUUCAAUGAUCCAUAGUACUUGUUUGAAAUCGUUUGGGAAGGAGUUCAAUAUUCACAUGAAGUAUGCCAUUUUGGGGUUGAGGAAACAGGAUGAAGUGAGGACUUUGCUGAGACUAAAUGAUCUGGAUGGAUUGGUGGAGCCGGAGGAAUACAUAAGAGUAAGUUGUUUUGGACGCUUACAGCUCCCCAUUGCUAGAAAAUUUAAAUGUGUGACAUCGAUAUUUUUUUGCUUUAAUUUUGACCACUUUCCUCUCUAGUAAAACUGCUGAAAAAUCAAGAUCUAUUCACUCCAACCUUUCAGUUAUACGAGGCGCAAUACGAGACCCUUCUGCCCGACUGUCCACCCAUGCCCGGUGCUGAUGAUCUAGUCCAUCAUCUUCAUCUCAACGCUGUUCCCAUGGCCAUUUGUUCGAGCUCAGGAGAAACAGAAUUCAGGAUAAAAACGAGGAAGCGCUUCCAGCAUUGGCUGAGUAUGAUCCCAAUUCAAGUUUUGACAGCGACAGAUAAAGAAGUCAAGAGGGGGAAACCCUUCCCAGACCCCUAUCUCAUCACUAUGUCCCGUUUUAAGGCAAGUUUCUCUCUACAGAGCCCAGGCCUUGUCCUAAAAUUGUUUAAAAAAUAAAUUUUAAUAACACUCUGCCAUAAAUUUUGAGAUUUUUAGUCGUCAUUAUCUAAUUUCUUGCGUAAUCCCUCCAUUUUUUCCAGAUCCCACCCGCCUCUCCCCGGAACUGUCUCGUUUUCGAAGAUUCGAUAAAUGGUGCUGAAUCAGCCCUGAAUGCUGGAAUGAAUUGCAUUUUAAUCCCCCAGAAGCAGUUCAAUUGCGAAGAAACGAUGAACAGUAUCAACCAGCUGAGGCCCCGCUUGACGGAUGUCUUGGAUUCAAUGGAGGAUUUCGAUCCGAGUUUAUACGGAUUGCCGGGCCGAUUCAGCGAAUUGGAGCAAUGUCCGGAGCUGGAGACUCCGGGCGCCGCGAAUGCACAAGCGCCGUGUCACGUUUUCGACUGA